UAGAACGUGUGCACGACAUAGCUACGCUAGCUAGGUUGGCAAUAAAAGGCUGUGACGAUUUAUAUCUAUGUUCUUAAUUUGAGUAAUUUAGAGGUAAUGAAGUACACAUUUAGCUAGCUGAUUAUUAUUUUUUCAUAACGUCCUCGUGGCAUGCCUGAGUUGGUUAUAUUCAACAAUGUCGCGUUAGUUAGCUAGCGUAACUAACCUAAACUAGCUAAGAUAGCUAACGAUAGAACGUAAAUCGGUCUAUAUUCCGAUAUUGCCUCGUGUUUUAUUUGUGUCUGAGCUUGAAAAGUGGGAACGAUGGUGGUUUCAGCAGACAUCUUUAUCUCAACUGCCCAUAAAUUUCUUUGCCGUGGGAGUAAGAAGAAGCGACUUCCAAAAUCAUCAUGUCUUGAUUUAGCUAUCCAGAUCAUAGCUGUGGACCUGGGCCUUAAACCAGCUCUUUUGUAUGACAGUAAUUCAGCAUCUGCAGAACAAUUGCACCAGUAUGUAACCUCCUUGUUCGGGAUUGGAUUGCUGACUACAGAACUGCAGAUAAUCUCCAUCAGUGGGAGUACUUUUGUCGUGAACUCUAAAUUCAUGAAGUCACACCUGGAAGAACUCCAAAGCAGGAAUCUCAUCAGUGUUGAUGUGUGUCCAUGGAGGGAACAGCCAUGCAUAACGGUUAUGGGGAGCAGCAAUGAAAAUAUGCUCAAGGACAUUUUAGAGUUCUUCAUGGACAAAGAGAAUGAAUGUUCAUCAGUCAUUGUGCUGGGAGAGGAGCUGUAUGGUAACUGGAAUCUGUGUACACUUUUUGGGAUCCUUUUAGGCUAUCCUGCUUCUUAUUGGUUUGAUCAAGCCCAGAGUUUGGAGAACUGUCUGAGUAUGACACCACUGGUGGUGAAUAAGGCUUGGGUUUGCUUGCAAAUAGGGGAUCGGAGGCAUUGCAGUUGUCUUUACUCUUUCAGUUUUCCUGAAGUAUUGUCGGCUGAAAUGCAUACAUUUAUAGAACAAUGGACUGGGCUAUUGAGAGACAGAUUUAGCAAACAAGCAGUGUUCAGUGAGCUCAGCUUUUCAAAAGAAACUGUUGUUCUACCAUGUGUAACAUUAUGAAUACCACAUAUUUGUGAAUGUGUUCAAAAUAAGUCAU